UGUGAGUGUGUCUCAGUGCUGACUGGAGCACAGACGCGCUGGGCUAACGGUAAUGCAAGGAUUCUCUCUCUCUCUCCCUCCCAAGCGUCUCAUUGCCUUGUAAAAGUUGGCGUUAGGAGAAACCUUGGCCGUUAAAGCGACUUCCCUCCCCAACAGGUCCUUCCCGUGUCGGGAUCAUUCAUCUCCCACCUUCUCUCAGACCAGGAGCAGAGAGAGAGGGGCUUCAACCGCACAGCUGGGGUCUAGCGAGGGGCGGGGAGUCGAUGUCCGCUGGCAGGACAGCCUGGAAGAAGAUGUUUCAGACUGUCCCCGACACUUCAUCUUACGUGAAGGAGGCUCUCUCGGUUGUGAGUGACGAUCAGUCCCUCUUUGACACCUCCUACGCCGCUGCCCACCUGCCCAAAGCGGAUAUGACGGCCUCGGCCGCCGCCGACUAUGGACAGACCCACAAAAUCAACGCUUUGCCCCAACAGGAGUGGAUCAACCAACCGGUCCGCAUGAACAUCAAACGGGAAUAUGAGCACAUGAACGGCUCCAGGGACUCCCCUGUUGACUGCAGUGUCACUAAGUGUAACAAACUGGUCAGCGGCUCCGACCCCAACCAACUAAACUACAACAGUUACAUGGAUGAGAAGAAUGGCCCACCCCCUCCCAACAUGACAACUAAUGAGAGAAGAGUCAUCGUCCCAGCAGAUCCCACGCUGUGGAGCCAGGAGCAUGUCAGGCAGUGGCUGGAGUGGGCGGUGAAGGAAUACGGACUGGUGGACGUUCACGCGAAUCUGCUGCACAACACCGACGGCAAAGAGCUGUGUCAGAUGAACAAAGAUGACUUCCUGCGCCUCACGUCCCUCUACAACGCAGAGGUCCUCCUCUCUCAUCUCAAUUACCUCAGGGAAAGUAGUUCUCCAUUAACCUAUUCCACGUCAACUCACACUGACCAGCCCGCACGCCUCCCAGCCAAAGAAGAUCCUUCCUACGACAGCAGUAGACGGUCUGCGUGGGGUGGUAAUAUGAGCCAUGUGACUAAACCAUCUCCUGGAGCCUCUCAGAGUGCGAACAAGAGCACGGAGCAGUCUCGCACCCAACCAGAUCCUUACCAGAUCCUGGGACCCACAAGCAGCCGUCUUGCCAACCCAGGUAAGAAGGGAAGCGGUCAGAUCCAGCUGUGGCAGUUCCUGCUCGAGCUGCUGUCAGACAGCUCCAACGCCAGCUGCAUCACAUGGGAGGGGACCAACGGGGAGUUCAAGAUGACAGACCCUGACGAGGUGGCCCGUCGCUGGGGCGAGAGGAAGAGCAAACCCAACAUGAACUACGACAAGCUGAGCCGAGCUCUGCGCUAUUACUACGACAAGAACAUCAUGACCAAGGUCCAUGGCAAGCGCUACGCCUACAAGUUUGACUUUCACGGCAUUGCCCAGGCCCUGCAGCCUCACCCCACAGAGUCGCCCAUGUACAAAUAUCCAUCAGACCUCUCCUACAUGACCUCUUACCACGCACACCCGCAGAAGAUGAACUUUGUGUCUCCACACCCGACCAGCAUGCCGGUCACCUCCUCCAGCUUCUUCGGGGCAGCCUCGCCCUAUUGGAGUUCUCCCACCCCAGGCAUCUACUCCAACCCCAGUGUCCCUCGCCACCCCAACACCCAUGUCCCCUCUCACCUGGGCAGCUAUUACUAGCCUCGGAUCUCCCUCCUGCUUGUGAUUUUAUGUGGACCCCAAAACCCAGGCUAGGCCCCUAGGGACCCUGGAAUAUCGGGUGGCCUCGGAACUUUAGUGAACACUACAUCUAAUUCUCAAACUGGAUUUUUGCCCAUUCCUCGAUCGCUGACUUUGGGGAUGGAAACGAUGCGAUCUCUAACCUUCUCCGUCUGCUAACCUAUAGCCAGAGUGGAUUAUCGACCGGUCUUGAAACUCUGAAUCGUGUGAGCUUAUAACUAACCUGGUAGAACCUGGUCAACAAGAAGCCUUCUCCCUGAGGGUGGAGGGGGCGGGAGGCGAGAACAAGCUUUAAACCCAUCGAAGGCUCUUCAGUCAACCAUUGACUUUGGCCAAUGGUGGAAGGUGGCUCCUCGUAUCAGUUACCAACACUGCAAUCGUGAAGCAGUUACCUACAUCCUAACCAGCAACAUAUUAACCAAACCACAUAUUUAAAUGGCUGUGGAAUCCGUAACAUAUUCUCAGACUGUAGGAGGUUACCGUGGACCAUUUGAUGUCACCUUUUUACCCCAGCUCUCGAUUCCACAGGAGAGACUGUGCUGAGGUUCUCUAUUCCGUAAGGAGCUCUCAAUAAGGAGUGUCCUCCUCAGUGGAAUGAACCGACUGAGGGUUGGGACUAAUUGACCGAAAGAUGACGUCCUGAAGGAAAGACUGUCGCCACAUCGAACUGUAUCUUAUCCUUAAGGAAAUACUAAAAAAAAAGCCAAUUAGAUGACACAGGAUUCGCAAACGCUGUGCGUUUGUAAGAACUCAACAUUGGAUCAACCACGCGUCCUUGUAUGAAAAGCAACUUACUGUAUAAAUUAUGCAGAAAAAAAUUUUUUUUUCCUUUGACAGUAUAUUACGAGUUGACCUCGGUCACCAAUGCAGGUUUUUUUUAAACUAUCAAAUCCAUUUUGACGAAAUAUAGUCAUUUUGUAGCUCGUGAAACGUUUAUCUGUACAUUUGGGCUCUAGCUUUCUACUGACUAAAGGGAUGCGUAGUGAAGUCGUUGUUGAGAAAAUGUUUUUAUAAAGUCUUACGUAUGACGGAGGCACUGAACAGCUAUUUCCUAUAAAUUGCAAAGAGCUGCAAGUGAAUUUUAUUUUGUUUCCCCCUCCCCUCCCCUGUGUCUUUAGGUAGUUAGUUGCUUUUUGAACUGUUUUUUUUAAGGUAGCUUUUUCUUUUGUUGUUGUUUAAAUAAUCACUCACACGAUCUCCCCCAUUAAAAUGAGGGCGUCGCCUAACUAUUAUAUGCAAUUAGUUCUUUGAUAACUAUGUUAACUUUGCAAAAAAAAAUAAUCCUUUGCAGCAUAUUAAGUAUUAAAACCAAAACACAUAACAGGAGGAUUUUAACCUCUGACACCACAAUAAACUGUUGCCAUAGACAGCUGGAUCUAUUGUUACGUACCUGUAUUUUUUUUAAUGUGGAAAAAGAACUGUGUACAAGUGAAGCAAUGGCGUGUAUGACAGUCUCUCACACUAUGCAACAUUUUCAAUAAAUUGCACCCACGGGGAGUGCCUUAAUGACUCGC